AUGUCUGAGGAGAACGCGCCUGUACCUACGGACUUAGACGAUGCUUUGGAGAACGGUGGGUUAUUCUUUGUGACACAGAUACUGCCUGUGGAAGCGGAAGAUGACUUGAGACCAGCAGCAGGGGAUGUAGACACAGACAUCGAAGACGAGGCCCGUGUUGAACAGGAAGAGGACCUCAGUACUUACCAGCUAGAACCUACUGUCACUGUUAAACCUGGCAAUAUAAAAUCCUUGGCAGAACGUGCUCUUGCAGAAUAUUUCCGGGACAGAGAAUAUUCUGCUACAGAGAUGAGAGAUGCGGUUCUUCAAAUAUCAUCUGAUAUCCGAGAGGAGGUGAGAAAUCUACUAUUGGAUAGAUACAGAAUUGUUUGUCAGGUGACCGUUGGCGAGAACUGUGACCAGGAUGUCGCCAUGGCGUUUCUGUGUUUGUGGAAGCAUGAAUUUGAUCACUAUGCCGUAGCGACGUAUAAUGGAACGGAUUUUUUUGCAACGGCCCUUGUUUUUGUCGUGUAUAAACAGUAAAUACAUGCAGUAAUUUGUGUGUGCUGUGGAAGUGAAUUUGUUAUGCACUACUUAGUGAUAAUUCUGUAAAAUAUAGCUCAAAUGGUUGAUUUUCAAAACAGGAAAUGGGGAGAAAUUAUCAGCGUCGAAAGUGAUGUAAAUUUUUAAGAAAAUUAAUGAAUUCUUCUAAGUGUUUAUAUUUAUAUAAUGUGGAAUUUAUCAUCGGUAAAAAACAGUUAAGA